GCUCUGCUUGGGCGAGUAAACUAGUCAGUGAGGUGUUCUUUCAUUUGUGUCUGGAAGUAGCUAGCAAGCAUCGGCGCUUGACUAUCGUUGUGAGGUCAGAACGCUCGGAUCAACCCUACUCCACCGCCAGAUAACGAAAAUCUCUGAAUUUACGAACGGACAAUCUGACAACGCUAUGAAUUUUCGACAAUUUGACAACGCUCUGGCGUACUCCAGAGUGAAUUUACGAACACAUCCUGUAACGCGUUCAGAUACUGGGUGCGUUCGUAAAUUCGCUCUGGCUAUCUACUACGAUUUCAGAGCACUCUUGUCUGAGUGUGUCAAAGCGCAGAAUAACUGAUGAAUAUACGAACACCCAGAGCGCAGAUUUACUUUAAGAACACACUCACUGUUAACAAAUUGUUAAACAAAUCAAUGCAGUUGCUAUGUAACCACAGACGCUUCAUCCUCCCGGAAGUGCGUUGCUUAAAUAAAAAAUGGCGGACCACAGAUUUAGCAGAGGUUUCAAUUCACCGGUGUUGUGGCUUUUUUCUGUGCAAUCUUUAAUCAAAUUGUGUUUGUCUUUUCUCGCGUUGAGCGCUGUAGUCGUCGAAGGUCAAACUGAAGAUACAUUCCGAGCUGGAAAUACCGUUUUUUCACCAGCCGUUGCAGCAGCACGGGAUCUACGGUACCUGCUUUACGACAUCAACCCACCAGAGGGUUUCAACCUGCGUCGGGACGUGUACAUUCGCAUGGCAUCCCUGGUGAAGACCCUGAGGAGACACAGUGACUGGGUGCUGGUGCUGCCCCCCUGGGGACGUCUUUACCACUGGCAGAGCCCAGACAUCCACCAGAUCAGGAUCCCCUGGGGAGAGUUCUUCAGCCUCACCAGCCUGCAGGGCAACGUGCCUGUCAUAGAGUACGAGGAGUUUAUAGCUGAGUCUGGAGGCCCAUUUAUUGAACAGGUCCUGGUGCUACAGAACUACGCUGAAGGGUGGACUGACGGGAAAUGGGAGGAGAAAGUGGACCAGCGACCCUGCGUUGAACGGUUAUUGUACUCCAAAGACAAACAGGGUUAUUACAGAGGAUGGUUUUGGGGCUAUGAGGAAACCAGGGGUGUGAACGUCACUUGUCUGUCAGCUCAGGGCCACGCCUCCAUCCUGGCACCACUCCUGCAGAACAACAUCACAUCAACUUCUGUGAUGUUGGACAAAGCAGAGACUGUCCUCCAUGAUCACUACGCAGGAAAGGACUACUGGGAUACUCGCCGCAGUAUGGUCUUUGCCAAACACCUGCGUCUCCUAGGGGACGAGUUCCGUGCAAAGUACCUGAACUCCACAGACGAGCAGGACCAGACCAUAUACAACGAGGACUGGACUCGCAUUAAGAAUAAGCUGGGUUCUGCCAGAGGGGGGCCGUACCUGGGUGUCCACCUGAGAAGGAAGGAUUUUAUCUGGGGUCACAGAGAGGAUGUGCCCAGCCUCAAAGGAGCUGUCAAGAAGAUCAGGAACCUCAUGAAGAAAAACAAACUAGACAGAGUCUUUGUUGCCACUGACGCAGAUGAGGAAGAGCUGGAGGAGCUGAAGAAGAUAUUACCAGAGAUUACACGCUUUGAGCCCACCUGGGAGGACCUGGAACUACUCAAGGACGGGGGCGUGGCUAUCGUCGACCAAUGGAUCUGCGCACAUGCCAGGUAUUUUAUCGGAACAUCUGUGUCGACCUUCUCUUUCCGGAUCCACGAGGAGAGAGAGAUUCUGGGAUUCGACCCCAAAACUACCUACAACCGCUUCUGUGGGGACAGUGAGAAGGAGUGUGAACAGCCCACACACUGGAAAAUAGUUUACUGAUGCAAUGACGUGACAUCCCUCUCAACAGCUCUCAAAGAACAUGCCAAUUGCAGUGUUAAAGUGGAGCUUUGUUAUUUUUAGAUAUACAGUUGAAGUCGGAAGUUACAAUACACUUAGGUUGGAGUCAUUAAAACUUGUUUUUCAA